GAGUGCCUGUAGAUUUAUUGAUUUUUAGGAUCUGAAGUGUGUAGGACAUUUUGACAUUUGACGGAAAAGUUGCUUUCGUGGACGUUUAAAAGAAAUAAAAAUGGAAGAACAAGUUACAGAAAACGAAGAAAAGAAAGAGGAAGGGGCAACUACAAUUACUCGGGAGUUUAGCCGAGAUGCUCCACCAAUUUUACAUCUUCUUGUCGUUGGUUUUCAUCAUAAAAAGGGAUGUCAGGUUGAGUACUCAUAUCCUCCUCUCUGCCCAAGCUCUCCUUCCGAAUCUCACGAAUGCCCAGAAGCAUGGAAAAAUCUACCCUCUCUAGCAAUGCCAGAUGGAUCGCACAAUUUUGUUGAAGACACUGUUUAUUUCCAUCUUCCGUCUUUGACACAUCCAGGCAAGACAGUUUAUGGGGUCUCAUCCUACCGCCAAAUUGAAGCAAAGAUGCUCUCUAAGAAAACAGCGGACAUAACCCGAAGCACUGUGCAGAAAGCUGUGUGUGUUCUUUCUAACCUUCCUUUGUAUGGCCACAUUCAAGUCAAAAUGGGACUUAUCACAGAGGCCUAUUUCCGUGAAGGAGAUUUUACUCAAUUUAUGCUACUCCAUGAUGCAUACAACAACCUGAAUAUGUGUCUCAAUCCUGACCUAUUAAAUUCUACUCAAGCAAUUAUUGGGUUACCACUACGUGAGAUGCUGGAGAGGUUCGGGCACAAAGUAGUGCAGCUUUUCAAACUGAUCCUGCUGCAAAAACGAGUCCUCUUCUUUCACUCACCAGUAAGACCUUUGUCCACAUCCAUUCUGGCGAUGCUUGCGCUUUUCCCUGGCGUAGUUGAAACGGGAUUGGACAAUUGCACCGCCUUAGCUAGUCAGACCGAUUCAAUCAUCGUUGAAACAGUAGAAGUACCCAAACGGUUUAUUCCUUCACCGGAAGAAUCUGGUAUUUUGGCAACUGAAAAUCAGUCUGGUGUUUAUAAUGGACUGACAGAAAAAUUAUCUUCUUGGAAAGAUAAAUUAGCUAUGGUUACCAAACCAGCUAGUAGUCCCACAGUUGAUGCUACCGACGAUAGCAAAGUAAGCCGAGAAAGUAGCUUCGAAGAUCUUCAAGCCCCCACUGCACAAGAAAUGGAAAACGAAAAAUCAGGCCGUAUUUCUCCUUCACUCGUAGCCGGUCUGCCUAAUGAAGCUUGCGGGCUGCCUCUUCAACUUUUCGGAAAUGGUUAUUUGUGUCACCCCUAUUUAUCUUUGUCGUAUUUGGACCUCUUGAGCGAGCCGAAUAUCCAUGGCUACAUUGUUGGCGCUACCAAUGUCCUGUUUAAGCAGAAAAAAACUCUCUUUGAUGCUAUUAUUGAGUUGGAGUCGGGCCGUAUCGACAUUUCUGAUCCUGAACUGCGUCGACAGCUGGAAUUAACCAAAGAAGACAUGCGAUUUGCAGACAACAUUGUCCGUCUCGUCAUACAAGACCGAACUAAUAACACGUUUUUGGACGGUGUUGGAUGGGAAGGCGGUGACGAAUGGCUGCGGGCCGAGUUCAAAACGUACCUACUAUUUAUGCUGCGGACGUCUCUUUUGGAUGAAGGAUGCAAGUACGUAGAUGAAUUCAACCCAGCAUUUAUCCAAGCCUGGAAAACCACAAACAACUAUGCAAAAUGGUUGGAAAGUCCACAUCCUGCUGUUUUGGAGCUCCAUCCUGGUCAUAUGUUUUCUGGGCAGCUAUCGAUGUCAGAUGUCAAACUUAAAAUCACCCAAAUUACUCAAACGAUGCAAAAUACGGAAAAGGGUCGUAAGAUUUCCAAUGCUGCUGCCAGUACCAGUCGGGCAGUAGCCCAGACCAGCAAAGCUGUUGGAGGAGCUAUAUCUCAAGCGAAAGGAGCACUUUCCAGCUGGUGGAGCACAUUCCAGCACCAGCCGGCCGAAGCAGCUGAGGAAGCCGAUGAAACUCUAGGACCGAAUGGAAUGAGAAUGUCUGACAUUGAUUUGACAGAAUGAUUGCAAGAAAGAUAAAGAACUAGCGGAAAAAUGCGUAGCUUUAAAUUAUUGUGGUUUCGUAACAUAAUUCAAUACUAGGUUGUUUGCGCACAGCGUGCUAGUCAAAUGUUUCAUUGACGUCGAGAGAAAAAAAUCGAAGUCGUUGGUUUGUUGUGUUUUCCGUUGUUGUCCUAUCCAUUUCGGUUUGCGUUCACUUAUUUGCAUGCGUGUAUACUCAGCUUGCAGUUGCAAUUUAAUUUUGUGUUCUGUUUUCUUUACUACGGUGACGAGUCCUUUUUUUUUAUUAAAACAUUCCAUUUUCAAUUUUUUCCAUGUUUGUGUGACACGAUUGGAAUAGCUCUCAAACAAAUGCGGCUCGGUACAGGAGAACAUGUUGGCAAUGAUUAUAGCCAAGCAAUCCUAUAUCCUUUCGCGUUCUGAAAUAGGAGAAACGAAAGUUUCAGUCAUAGCUUGAGUAUUGUAGAUAUAUAAACUCACUUUGCAUUUUGUUAAUUCAGUAGUCCAUGGAUUGAUAUGUACUGUUAACCGGAGGCUAAAUAAUAAACGGAGCCCAAAUGAAACCUA